GUUGCUGUACUAACUAACUACUACUGCGCCGUGCCCGCUGGAUUCGACUGUAAACCGAACAAAAUAUCUGAAGUUAACGGCAAAUUAAAAUCGAUCCAACUGCAAUAAUUGGAUUCACUUCAUUCACGAUUCUAUCGAAAAGGUUCCAUCUGAGUUUUGAAUCGGAGUUUCGAGAAAGGCGCGUUCGGAUCUCGAAGCUCGAUAUAUGCAGAUAUCGAACGAGAGUUGGCGCUGUGUGAACGUUGCCGAGUGAAUCAAGGUGAACAGUACACUAGUGAUCACUGCAGAGUAGCGCAGUGCCAAUCAAAUGCACAUAGCUCGACAUUAACGGCAAACCUCUACAGUCAAGUUACAUUUGAUGCAUAAGAGCACAGAACGAAAUCACGCGAUGAAGAGACUCAAGUGAUGGUCGAUGAGAGUUCGAUUUCGGUGGAAUUGUGCUGUGGGAGGUGUCGACACGCAUAUAAUUAUUGAAAAAAAAAAUAUGUGUUGAAAUUACAAGUGAUUUUAAAGUGGCUAAUUUAAACGGGCGUUGAUUGAUCAAACUAGAUAUCGCUAUAAACGCUUCAAAUAUCUUAUGUAAAUAUCAGUUACGACUUAUCGAAAGCGGAGGUUGGAUCGUGUCGACGCGAGUUAUACAAAAGUGAGAUCAUCCGAGGGCAUUAUGACGGAUCAGUCUCUGUUUAAAGUCUCGGUACUUUUCUCAGUAGUCAUUUUAUCGCUGGAAGUAAUUCAAGGAAUGUAUCCGGUAUCUCAGGUUGUGGUUAUAAAUAAUUAUCAUUAGCGUCGACAAAAGGAAGAAGCAAACGCAGGGGAGAGAAAGAGAGAAAAACAAUAAAAAUAAAGUGGAAUAAAUAAAAUAGAAGGUGUACACAAUCGGAGCGUGCGCGGUGGGCGGUUUGUACCGCGAUUUCACUCUGAACUGUCAAACCAAUACUAAAAAUCAGCGACCAUGAAGAAACAGUUUUUCAGGGUGAAACAACUCGCCGAUCAAACCUUCUCGAGAGCCGGGAAGACAGAAGUUUUGACCGAUGAUUUGCAAUCGGCUGAUAAACAUGUGGAUCAGAUCAGAGCAGCGCUUACCGGGCUUAGCAAACGACUCGGGAAUGCUCCGAGUCAAACACUUGCUCAAGAUCCGGCUCAAAAAGAGAAACGUUUGAAAAAAUGUCCAGAAUAUAUUCUUGGGCAAAUGAUGAUAGAAAAUGCAUCAGACGAUAGCCUCCUCGGGUUCGCAUUAUCCGAAUGUGGUAAAGCGCAGAUCGCUCUAGCUCAGGAAGCUGUGGAUCACGAAUCUAAAGUAGAACAAUACGUAGCCACACCUCUGCAAAAUAUAUUGGAAACAGAUGUACCAAAUAUAUUAAAACAUAAGAGGAAUUUAGCUAGACUAACAUUGGAUAUGGAUAGUGCGAGAACUCGUUACCUGCAAGCUACUAAACAUAGCGCUGGAAGUGCAGGAGCUGCUAAAGCAGACAGUUUGAGAGAAGAAUUAGAAGAGGCGGAAGGCAAGGUGGAGCAAUGUCGCGAUCAGCUAGCUGCCGAAAUGUUCCAGUUGAUGUCCCGACAAACAGACUUAGCUCAGACUAUAAUUCAGUACGUCAAAUUACAACGAGCGUAUCACGAAAGUGCCUUACAUUGCCUGGAGGAUUUAAUCCCCCAAGUGGAGAGCUACAUAAAUGAUAACGAAAUGAAACCUGUAUAUGGCUAUCCGUUAGAAGAACAUUUGCGUGUUACCAAUAGAAAGAUAGCUCUACCAAUUCAAUUGUGCGUAUCCGCACUGUUGAGGCUUGGUAUGGAAGAGGAAGGACUUUUUCGGAUAGCUGGGGGUGCUUCAAAACUUCGAAGAAUCAAACUAAGUUUUGACGCUUGUUGCCUGAGUCUACCGACGGUACUUGAGUACAGAGAUCCUCACGUCGUUGCUGGUGCACUCAAGUCGUACUUACGAGAAUUACACGAACCUUUGCUCACAUAUAAAUUAUACCCCGAGUGGAUGGCAGCUGCAAAGAUAUCCCAAAAUGAAGGAAGAUUACGUGCUCUCUGGGAGGUGCUGCAUAAGUUACCUCCGGCAAAUUUGGAAAAUUUGAGGUUCCUAAUAAAGUUUUUAGCUGUGCUCACCAAAAAUCAAGACGUCAAUAAGAUGUCACCCCAAAAUAUAGCGAUUGUCAUUGCUCCAAAUUUAAUCUGGAGCCCGCAGGAAGAUGGAAAUACCAUGGUAAUGAACAUGAGCACAGCGAAUAACUCUAGUCUAAUAGUAGAUCAGUUGGUAACAUAUGCGGACUGGUUCUUCCCUGGAGAAAUAGAUUUUGAUCGUGAUUUAGACGUAAGUUUUUUAAACGGUUCUGAGACCCAAGGAAUUGGAAUGCGACGAGCUGUCUCGAACAGCAGCCUGAGCGAUCACGGCGGUAGUCCACCUCAGGGGAGUCCGAAACCUGCGACUCGUAGAAAAAAUAAACCCGCUCCAACGCCACCAAGUAGUACGCCGGACAAACAUAAUAAAAAGUUCGAUGACAAGCUACCCGCUACACCUGACAAACCACCCAGACCCGUCGCAACUGCUACAUUGAACAGGUUGUCUUAUAAGUCGCAUAAACAUGAUAUAAAUACAGAACCCAUGUCUGUACAGCAUGACAACAAGUCUGAAAAGAUGGAUAAAAAUCUGGAGGCUGAUGCCAAACCGUUAGGGUUUGAGAUUAUUACUAAAGCUGAUUUGGUCAGGGCCGAUGUCCAGGACAGACCGCCAGAACACAAAUCAUCGCCUAACGAUGUUACCAGGAGUGGAAACCAAACUGAGAACAUGAAGUCAGAAGACAAAGUCAUCACUCCCAUCGGUUUUGAAGCCCUGCAACAAAAAGAUACCGAUAAUAGUCAGAUUCGGUCCACUCAGGAAACCGAAAAUGCAGAAAACAACGUUGCGAAGCCUAAGCCCCUUCCGGCAGAAAAACCCUCGCCCUCUACCCUCGAAAGGCGAAGAGUCCCUGUCGCGGCCCCGAGAUCUUUGACGAAUAUAAUUCAUCCAGGUGAUGAUAGCGUAGAGCUUAGGAGAAAGUCAGAGGAUAACAAUGUAACUUCUAUAAGUGUGAGCAGUACGGAAAAAUGUGUAAAACCUGCCAUUCCGGAGCGUCCCGCUGGAUUAGUACGUCCGUCUAGUCUCAUCAGACCAGCGCAUCGCCAGAGCACCGAGAAUUUAGAUGCAGAAUCCGGACCUUUGACAUUGGAACGAGCGCACAUGUAUUCGGUGGACAAGCAACAGGUUAGUAUAAUUCAAGUUCGCGGGAACUUUCCAGGGGUGAACAAUACUGGUGAUCAUAACUCCAACACUGGUCCAAAUCUUCAGAGAAGUCCCAGCGUCGGUAGUAGACCAGCUUCGAUGUCUUUGCCUGGAGAACAUCGACCCGAGAAACCACCUCGGCCCGAUAUGCCAGAACAGAUAAGAUCUCACACUCGAACUCGAUCGGAGGGAAAUAUAAUUGAUGUUCAAACACAAACUGAAACAGUUAUAGUUCCUAAAACACCGCAGCAGCCACCUCCGCCCUCGCCUAGAUUUCUCCAACGUCCUCCAAGGCCGCAACCUCCGCCACCCCCACCUCCCACUGCUAGGGCUAAGUCUGAACACGAAAGUACCAAUCUCUAGGUAAAGUUUUAUUAUCAUUAUUUACCAGUCAUUUUCAAUUGCCGUUGCUAUUAAGAUUGAUAUACAGUAUCUAUGAAACAUUUUUUUUUUUUCUCUCUGUAAUCCCCAAAAGUUAUGAUAAUUAACGCCAGUUUUUUAUACCGUAAUUCAUCGUCUGGGAUUCAUUAUAUCCAGUAUUUGAAUAUCAGGUAACCAGGUAGCACAGAUCGAUAAUCGGUUAUUUUUCAAUAUCAUCUUAAACUUUGUCAUAACUUUAUCAACAACUUCGCUAGAUGAUCUAGGAAACAGGAACAGAAAAUGAAUAAUAAUAAUACAAAUAACAUUAGCAUAGUAUUUUUGCAACUCCAUUUAACUUCUAAUCAAUGUCAACGCUUACAUUGAAGUCAGUUUGAUCCAUUAUCGCAAAUUGCUACAAAGCAAACUCGUUUUAGUGGAGAUAUUUCAAUUCGCACAAAGAUAUCAGAUACGAUUAAUGUUUCUGAUAAUUAGUAUUUCUUUCAUAAUUAUCUACAACCACCUACACCUACUUAGGGGGUCUUUUUUUUUUUCUCUCCUCCCGUUAUUGAGAAAUUUUGCUGAUAAUUUCAUCCGUGAUCCGAAUUACACAUAUCCGUGGGUGAACCAUUAGAAAAAAAGCCAUUUCAAGACUGCUUCGGGCAUAUGUUUUUCCCUUGUUUUUCAUUGAUUAUCCUCUCUAAAAAUGACCACAAGGAGUAAAGAAUGACAAUUAUCAGGUGCUAGCAAGUUAUUUAAUUGCUAAUGAAAAUAAUUGAGUGAUCAAUUAUAAUGUUGAAAAGGUUAGCCGAAUAUUAGGCACAAGUUUCUAUCAGAUGGCGACGAGCCGAAUAGAAAAUAAUUCCUCAUGUGGAGUGAUCGAUCGUCCUUUUGUUCGAAAUUAGGUACCAUAUUCGGAUAUAAAUGUUCGAUCAGUAUUCGGAAAUCUUCCCAUUUACCUGAAAUAUUGAAUAAGAUUCAUAGUUUUUCAUGGACUCUACCAUGAGUUUCGAUUGGAUCCGUAACGAGGACUGUUAUUUUGCAUUUAUUUUGUUUUUAUCAUCCCUCAAGGUGUUUAUCAUUCAAUUGUUGGAUGGUUUCGGAGUAAGUGAGAUAGUGGAUAAGUAUCCACCCUCGAUCACAAUACAAAAUAAAUAUGUGAUACAAUUAUAAUAGUAAACUUGAUUUUACGUUAUAUCAAAAUAUACAUAUUAAUAAGCAAGUGCUAAAAAUGAAUAAAGUUUUUAACACCGUUUUAUUUUUCUUUUUUUAACGAACUGAUUCGGAUUUAACGAUAAUAAUAUUUCAGUCAAAGAUUUUGAUUUUAUAAAACCGUUUGUACCUAAUUCAGAAUUAGUCGAGCCUUAAAAAUUUAUGCAUUUAGUAUGAACGGUGAGUAACAUCUACUUGCCGUGAUUUUUUUUUCUUUUCACUUUUUUUAUUAUUAUAUAUACAUAAAAUAUAAUAAUAUUAAAAAUCGCCCAAUUAUUUUUGUAACGUGCCGACAAAUUAGGCAAAUUUUGGUCGUUAAAUCAUUUGUAGCUAUUAAAGUUGGAGAAAAAAAAACAUAAAUAAAUAAAUGAAUAAAAUAAUAUAUUUUAAAGGUCUUAUAAUAAAAUGAUAAUAAAAAUGACAUAAUUUUUAGAAAAUUAAAUUUUAAGAUUACGCAUCAAUAAUUGCUUACCGCACUUUGUUUACGAUGAUUGAUCAGUGACUGAUUGAGUACAUUCUGUACAUCCCGUCAAUAAGAUUGAAUUAAUUUUCGAUAGUUAUUUUCAUUUAUAAGGCUUGGAUUAAUUUUGUUUGAAUGUUUUGUCUGCUAUAUUUUAUAUUAAGUUGUUGAACUAUUAUGAAUUAAGGAUCAAGUAGUGCAAUUUUAAAAUUAUGUUAUUCAAAGUUGACAUUUUAAACGUAAUUAUCAGCUGUUCAGGCACAUUAGAAUAAGAAACAUAUGAAAUGUUGAGUAUUUUUUUGAAAUUUGUUUGCACUUGUUACUAAUUAGAUCGAUUCGAAUAACUUUUACGCGGUUACUUGAGGCCAUAACGAGGGUCACAAAAUUACUAUCAUCAAAUUAAUUAUGGUUUUCCGGAGAACCCAGGAUUCGGUAAAAAUCACAUUAUCGUGCCUUUCUUGUAUCAAAUAAUUGAUUAAUAUUGAUACCGAUUGGUUGUUUGUUAUGGUAAAAUUGAUAACGUACGUACAAAUGGUCUAGCGAGAUUUAAGCCUAAAAACGAAAAGAAAAAAGCCUCGGCUGUGAGUAUAUUGGAGCAUCAAAGGAUUUAUUUGUAUAUAAAUAAAAUGUUUCUCUACUCUA